AUGCACAAGCAGUACCCAGUCAAUCGUGUCCACGUUACACAAUCGUCAGAACACACCAAAGCGUUGGGUCCAGGAGGUACGCCAUCCACCGUUCCUGGAUACAUACGCGUCAAGUGUCUCGGCCUCUUUGCCUUGCGAAAUCCCUAUGAGCCGGCGCCAAUCCCCGAGGGCAUGCAGUGCAAAAGGGGCUAUUUGUGUUCUGGUGCACUUCCUCUUCGUCCACAUCCUCGACCAGAAACCCGAGGGAUCGCACCACAUCGGCAAGUGACUCAGCGAGCGGAUCAGGACAUGUUUAUUGCAUUGUCGGAAGCCAUCGAAGACUUCGGUCGGAAAGGUGGCGAUCACCUUACAGUAGGGACCUCUUGUUUUGAGAAGCACGGUACGGGCCUCUUCUCCACGGCACCGAGUAAGAAGACCUGUCGAGGAGAAAUCUGCCAUGUGCAUUCUUCGGACGGCAGUCUGCAUCUAACUUUGCAUCCCCUUGAUGCAAGAGAAGUCUUAGAAUCGGGCUGGGGUGAGAGGCAUCCUAUCUCCAGGGGAGGAAUAUUUGAGAGGUUUGUGCCCAAAGGCUUCACCAUGGUCUACGCUCCGCAGAACGACAGUGAGGUGGCGGUUGUGCUUGAGAUAGUCAAGGCUGCGACAUGGAUUAUAAGGUA